GCGCUGCCGGCGCAGCCCUCUUGGCUCGGUCGCCCUGCUGCGGCUCAGGGUGAGGAGGCCUUCCCCUGGUAAACCCGGGGAUGCGGGACCCAGUGCCAGGUGGCUCGCCUGCUGCAGCUGGCACCUUCCCGCUCCUCGCCUACAGGGCCUCUGGGUUAGGGCUGCCCCCAAAGGAGCGGCUGCGGGGCUGCCGCUCGCCCUCCUCGCUCUCUCCCGAGCUGCGCGGGUCCGUGACCGUCCCCUCUCGCUUCUGGUUCAGGUGCGGGAUGGCACUUCCCCGUCUGCUGCCCAGGGCUCUGCUGCCGCUGGCCCGGCCGGGCUGCGGGCGGGCUCUGCACCGGGCGGGCUCUGCCUCGGCCGCUCCAGACUUCAACAGCUUUGUGGCUCGGACCAACACCUGCGGAGAGCUGCGCUCUGCUCACGUGGGACAAGAGGUCACACUGUAUGGGUGGAUUCAGUACCAGAGACAAGGCCUGUUUCUGGUUUUGAGAGACUUCCAGGGACUGACCCAGAUCAUCAUUCCACAGGAUGAGGCACAUUCUCACCUGAAGGAGCUCUUAUCUAACGCCCCAGUGGAGUCUGUUGUUCGAGUCACUGGAGUUGUGUCCCCUCGACCCCCAGGGCAGGAGAAUCCGAAAAUGCCAACAGGAGAUAUUGAGGUGAAGGCAGAGACUGCAGAGAUCUUAAAUUCCUGCAAGAAGCUACCUUUUGAAAUCAAGGAUUUUAUCAAGAAAUCAGAGGCCUUACGGAUGCAGUAUCGCUACUUGGACUUGCGCAGCUUCCAGCUGCAGUAUAACCUGCGGCUGAGGUCACGGGUAGUGAUGAGGAUGAGGGAGUACCUGUGUAACCUCCACGGCUUCGUGGAUGUAGAAACUCCAACACUCUUUAAGAGAACCCCUGGGGGAGCAAAGGAAUUCCUUGUGCCAUCAAGAGAAGCAGGCAAGUUCUACUGUCUGCCACAGAGCCCCCAGCAGUUCAAGCAGCUCCUCAUGGUUGGAGGCCUGGAUAGGUACUUCCAGGUUGCUCGCUGCUACCGAGACGAAGGCUCGCGGCCCGACAGGCAGCCUGAAUUCACCCAGAUAGACAUAGAGAUGUCCUUUGUAGAUCAAGCUGGCAUCCAGAGACUGAUAGAAGGCCUCCUGCAGUAUUCCUGGCCUGAGGAAAGAGGGUCCAUUACAACUCCUUUUCCUUCCAUGACUUACAAAGAGGCAUUGGAUGACUAUGGGACAGAUAAACCAGACACUCGCUUUGGGAUGAAGGUGAAGAUCGUGGAUAUCAGUGAUUUUUUACGAAGAUCAGACAUCCAGUUUGUGCAGAACGCACUCAGCUCCCCACGUGGCACUGUCAGAGCCAUUCGUAUCCCUCAGGGAGCAAGAUACCUUAAAAAGAAAGACUUGGAGUCAUUAAAGGAGUCUGCAAAAUCCCAGUUCGACCAGGAAAUCAUGGACGUUAUCUGCAGGCCUGAUGGAAGCUUGAAAUCUCUGCUUACGAAGUUUCUUGGUGAGAAGCAGCAGUCAGAGCUUAUCCAGGGGCUGAACAUAGAGGUGGAUGAUGUGGUUUUGCUGACAGCUGGGGAACACGAGCAAGUGUGCUCUGCCUUAGGAAGCCUGCGGCUGAAGAGCGCUGACCUCCUCGAGGCGGCUGGGCUGGCGCUCCGUGAUCCUGCAGCAUUGCACUUUCUCUGGGUGGUGGAUUUCCCCCUCUUCCUCCCAAAGGAAGACAACCCCAUGGAACUGGAAUCUGCUCAUCACCCCUUUACUGCCCCUCAUCCUUCAGAUGCCAGCCUCCUCUAUUCUGAUCCCACGAAGGUCCGUAGCCAGCAUUAUGACCUUGUGCUGAAUGGCAGUGAAGUUGGAGGUGGCUCCAUCAGAAUUCACAGUGCAGAGCAGCAGCGUUUUGUACUGGAGAAAGUGCUGAAGGAGGAUUCUGAGGUGCUUUCCCAUCUACUUCAGGCUCUGGAGUCUGGAGCUCCACCUCAUGGAGGAAUUGCAUUAGGACUCGACAGGCUGAUCUCUGUCAUCGUUGAUGCUCCAAGUAUCAGAGAUGUCAUUGCUUUUCCUAAGUCCUUCAGGGGACGAGACCUGAUGGGCAAUGCUCCAGACUACGUCACUCCAGAGGAACUAGAGCCCUAUCACAUCCAGGUUUCCUGGCCUCUUGUGGAAAAAGAGGCAGAGAAAAGCUGACUUAAAGCCAGUGAUGUAAGCUGAUCUCUUUAACCAGAGGCGCUUACAGCUUUUGAGUGCUAGAAUUCAGUUUAGAAAACGUCAGCUAUUAUGGGAGGGUGGAGAGCAGAACCACUCUGCUGCACUCUGUUAGUUCCAGGACUGAAUGGGCUCCUUGAUAAGAAUUCACUUUUGGAUUGAUAAUGGAAAAAAGUAGGAGAGCAAAAGAAAAAAAACAUGGUUUUGGCAUGGGAUAUUGAGACUGUUUGCUUUGGGGUGUCACACUUGAGGGAAGAUGGAGUCUGUUGGUUUUUUCCACUCCCCACUCUUUAUAUGUCCCCUGUAAAGUAUUUUUCCUCCUGUGUGGAGGAGCUUGUGUCACCUUCACUGUCAGGAUGGUUUGUAUUCCUGAUGAUCACUGAUGUUAGCUGAAGACUUAGAACUGAACAGCGCUGUACUGGGCCAAGAGCUUUGGACAUCUCACAGCAGAACUUCAGUGCAGCCAGCAGUUUGUCUCCACAUCAUUCCCAACUUGCCACGGGAGGGUCACAUCCAGCUGUGCUUUCUCUUCAAGGGAGAGAGAAGUGUCCAUAACAUCUGCAAUGCUGUCCUCGUGACGCUCAGGGAGGAGGAGAUGAUCUCUGUUUUGGGCCUGUGGUCCUGGUGCUUUUCAGCAUACUAACUCUCGAGUGUGUGUGUUUGUAAAUAAAGCUUCUCUGGCAA